AGUACAGCGACUGGCGAUAACUUAAGCGACCUACAGGUCGAGCGCGAUCACUUGGGGGUCACACCACCGGGACUGCAGAGUCGUUCCUAGGAUUUAGUUUUCCACUCACGUUUAACCGCGCGCACGGGUCUACGACACGACGCCAGCCAUGAAUUCCUUGGGCCUAAGCAUCCUCCUGGGACUGCUGGGGGUUUCUGCCGCCCAGUUCAGCAUCUCCUUGUGGAGAAACACGACGGACGCGGAACCGAGACGGCGAAUGUGGCUCAGUGCACCUUCCGUGAUUCAGGAAGAAUUGGAAAACGAAAACAAUCUCCAUUAUUACGGACUCAUCGGUCUUGGCACGCCCCCGCAACCAUUCAAGGUCAUCUUUGACACCGGUUCCGCGAACCUCUGGGUCCCAUCAAGCAAUUGCCCCAAUACGGAAGACGGCUGCAAGGACAAGAAGAAGUUCAACAGCGCUAAGUCGAGCACUUACCAGAAGGACGGCCGCAAAUUCCGCAUAGAAUACGGAAGCGGAAUUGUCCAGGGCAUCUACAGCACCGACGAUCUAAGCGUGGGAAAUGGCAAGGUUAAGGCACAGACCUUUGCCGAGGCCACAAAGGCACAGGGUUCCAUCUUCAGAGCGGCCAAGUUUGACGGGCUUUUGGGCCUCGGUUACCCAGCUCUCGCCGAAGACAACGUCGUACCAGUGUUCGACACCAUGAUUAAGCAAAACCUGCUGCCCCUGCCGGUGUUCUCCGUCUACCUCAACCGAAAUCACAAGGCUAGUCCCGGAGGAGAAAUCUACUUUGGUGGCAUCAACUCCAAGCGCUACACGGGAGGUAUCACCUACACCAGUGUCACGAAGAAGAGCUACUGGCAGUUCAAUAUGCAAGGCAUGCAAGUGAAGAAGGACAAGAACUUCUGCACUGGAGGGUGCGACGCUGUGAUCGACACGGGCAGCUCUUUCAUUGAGGGCCCCCAGGACGAGAUCGAGCGGCUGAACGCUUACCUGAGAGCCAAGGAGGAGCCUAGUGGAGAGUGGCGUGUGAAGUGCGCUAAUAUUCCGAAGAUGCCGAAGAUUUCCUUCACUAUUGGUGGAAAGGAGUUCACCAUGACUGCCGACCAGUAUAUCAUCCAGCUUGAAACAUCAAAGAAGGUGAAGUGCUUCAGCGGUUUUGCCGUCUCUGACACUCCUACUAAGAAAUUCUGGAUUCUCGGCCAAGUGUUCAUUGGAAGCUUCUACAGCAUCUUCGACAGAGGCAGCGACCGCCUGGGAUUCGCGAUCGCCGCCUAAUGGGCACUCCCGACGGCCGCCAGUGGAGAAGACAAACAACUAGAAAAGCGUGCACGUAUAGUCCUAUUGAAGAAUAUAUUGUAAUUAAAAAUACUAGAGAUAGCGAACACCUUAAAACGACGCUAAUGGAACAAAUGGUCACAAGAAUGAAAGAUCUGACAAGAUUUGUGCAGUAAGAAAUACCAUAGCUUUGCUGAAGUAAGUGAGAAGCGUGAAGCCACCGGUAUACAUGUGGAUUCUGUCACUUCUAAAAAAAAAGUGAUCUGUAACUGCACGUACCACGUGGUGAUGUUGAGCGGUCCAAGUUCUACAAUCUUUAAUGUGCGCUGACAUCAUGGUUAAGAGAGUGUUUUUUUUUUCUCUUUUUUCAUUUAUGUUUUGACUCGUGCCGAACAAUUUAGUUACUGCACCCCUCGGACCAAGCCCAAUAAACGCAGCAGAUAAUUAUUUUCGUACCUACGACUUCUCUGAGCUUUUCACAAAAAACGGGUCGUCAACAUUCAGAACCCCGAGUUUUUCUUGCAAGGAAAGUGCAAUCGAUUUUUACCAGGUCCUGUUUUCCGAAACCAUUACACUUAGAGGACACUCGGGUUUAUGCGUCUUUGCACUAAACAUGAUUUGCAAGCGUCCUGCCUUUGCAUUGCUGAUUUCACGCACUAGACGACUGAAGUCUGCUUGCUUGCACAGUUUAUUCGCCUCUAUCUUAAGCCUUUUUAGGGAUACGUCACGGCUCUGGGUAAACACAGAAGGAAUAGCUGAGCGGGGCUUAUUACCAAAUUCAACAUCCUUAAAAAUACCAAAACCUCUUUCCUUAUCAGCAGGAAGAUCAGAGAAUCGGUGCUCUUUCAAAAGUGAAAUAACGCGUCUAAACCGGUACAUGUGAAACUGCAGUUUUGUUAGGCGUAACUACAUCGACUCCCUCAGAAAUACAUCUGUGCACUUCACCUUCUGGAGUACACUUUGAAACACGUCGCACAAGGCUCAGGAGUUCCGACGCACUAAAAUUAGGCACGAAGGCGAAGUUCGGACCAAACCCAAGAACACUUUCAACGUAUAUAGUGUGGAAUACGGACCUCGCUGAUUGUCUUGACAACACAGGAUUUUGUUAGUUCCUUCUUGGGGCCGCUGGCGCGUAGACGGGGCAGUGUUUGCUGCCGCAGGAACUCUGUGCCGUGGUCAACAAUUUGACCUCCCAGGAACGUGCAGAACUGCCCUUAGCAAUCAUUUGACCACCCGCGCUUGCCUUUGCCACUCACUUCUCAGAAUCUUUAACACUCUGAUUUCAUGGCCUAGUGACGGAUCAAUGCCGCCAAAUAGUCGCAAGACUUGAUUGGGUAAGUGCUUGCAGCGGAUUUAGGAGGACAACGUCCGAGCUUGAGCCAGUUAAUCUGGACGCACAUUCUACAGUGGACAAACUUUUAAAGUUUUUAC